UAAGGUCUAAGGACACUGACAAACAUUGUGCUAGUUUACGUACGCGAAAUGGCGUAGAAUAGGAAUAAUGUGUAAUAGUAUAGGUUUUCGUAUGUUUUUUUGGAUUUUAAUUAUAAUUUGUUUCAAAGUUACUAUAGCCAGUGAGUUUAAAUGCGGAAGACCUUUGGGUGUAGAAUUUCGUUUGUUACCAGAAGACAGAAUCGUUGCUGGUUACGAUAUUGGUUAUUACAGAUAUCCCUGGUAUGCAGCACUUAUUAGAUUUAAAAUGGUAUCCUGCGGGGGGGCUCUUAUAGCACCUCAGACAGUUUUAACAGCUGCUCACUGUUACAAGGACUUUUUGAAGGCAGCUAAAAAAGGGUAUAGACCACUGGAGUCCUUCUAUACAGUAAGAAUGGGCAUUUACAAUAUUUGUCAAUCGGAAUCAACUCAAAGAGAAUACAAAAUCGAAAAAGUGAUCAUACAUAAUAACUAUUUCAAGAAAAUGCCUUAUUAUGAUAUAUGUUUACUUAAACUCUCUGGAAAUACAGAUCAGUAUCAACCAAUUUGUUUACCACCACCUAAUUUAAAAAAAAAGCCAAUCGACGCAACUGUUCCCGGAUUGGGUACUUUGAGGUAUCAUGGAGCAAUGCCUUGUACAGUACAUGAAGCUAGAUUGUUAAUAUACAACGAUACAGUGUGUCAUGUUAUGAUGAAUAAUACAGGCAACGAUGCAAGUAUAAUGGAAAAGUCAUUUUGUGCUGGAUAUUUACAAGGAGGAAUUGACACCUGUCAGGGUGACAGUGGAGGUCCAUUGCAAUCGAUGUCUCCAGAAGGUGAUUUUGUUUUAAUUGGUAUCGUAUCAUUUGGUUUCCGCUGUGCAGCUCCUGGAAUGCUAGGCGUGUACACAGAUGUCUCACAGUAUAUAGACUGGAUAGAAGAAAAGUCUGGCAUCGAUAUUCCAACAUAUUCAAACUCUAUUAGCACAUCUGGAGAAUCUGAUUCUAAGCCUAUUAAAAGACCAACUGGGAAACCUCCAAAGAGAAUUAACGGUCAAGGAAUUAUUGGCGGAGGAGGAGUCCAUGUGACACGGCCUUUCCGUAGACCAGUUCGGAUUAUCAUAGUAAGAAACAACCAUUUACAGCCAAUGACAAAAGUGUUACUUCACCAUCCGAUUAUUCGACACAACCAACAUAAAAGUCCUUAAAACCAUUUCUAAAGUAUUUAAAACUUACCUAUAUGAGAGUUCAUGACAGCCAUACGUUCCCUUAAUAAUUAUAUUUAUAUUAGCAAAUUAUUUGCCGAAUCGGUCAACUUGUUAUCUUUCUAAUGAUAGUUGAUAACAGUGAACUCUCAUAUAAACUCUCAGGUAAACAACUGGAAUAUUAAUAUGUUAUAAACGAAAAAAGACUUACAAGAGAAUCUUUAUGUAAUUUAUGUAAAAUAAAAUUCAUAAAACAUAAUAUUAAGGCAGUUUUUAGUUAUUCACG